AGGCGAACGGAAAGAAAGCAGUCCUAGUUGCGACUGGCAGUUCGAUCGCAGAAGCCCUCUCCCUACUAAGUUAGAGAGAGAAAGAGAAAGGAGGGUUGUUUUUAGAGAGAGAAAGUUAAGAUAAUGGACGACUACGCAAGAGAGAUGAUGGAUCUAAAGACUUUAAUCACUCGCACUCUCGAGAAGAAAGGCGUGCUAGCCAAGAUCAGGGCUGAGCUUAGAGCUAGUGUUUUUGAGGCAAUUGAAGAAGAGGAUCAUGCUAUUGAAAAUGAAGAUGGUGCACCUUCUGCAUUGCUUGGUAGUUGUAAUGAAAGGGCUAGGCAACUUCAUGCAUCUCCUUCAGGGGGGCUAUUAACAGCAUUGAUAUGUGAAUACUUGGACUGGGCCCAGUUGGGCCACACGCUGAAAGUUUAUUUGCCAGAAUGUAAUUUGCCAAAAGACUUUUGGAAGGUGGAAUUGAGGGAGAAGUUUGGCAGUAGGAUCGAUCACGAUGCAAACCGAAAUGGUGAAAGUGCUCCUUUGUUGCUGGAAGUUCUUGAGGGCUUUCUGAAGUUUGAGCAGAGUGCAUCUCAAACAAGGGGAAAUGCUAGGAGAACACCAGGUGCCGAAAAUGAGUCUUUACCAAAUAUUGACAGGAAUGUGCGGAGGCCUUCAUCAGCAUCUAUUGCUGGUGGUUUUCCUCCACUAGGAAGGCAUCAUCCUGUCUCACAAUCAUCUGAUCGAAGGACAGGAUCAUCCAUGUCGGGCUUUAGGAAGGAUGAAUACAACUGGAGAUAUGACAGUGAUGAGCUCUCGGAGGAUGUGAUUAGAGCUUCCAAUGCGCUUGAGAACAUCCAGCUCGAUAGGAAAGCACGCAAUCUGACGACAUCUUGGAGGCAUGCUGGGGAUGGGGCUGCAGAAGAGGAUGGUUCGUUGGAGCGAGACCAUUUAUAGGGAUUGCUAACUUGCAUGUAUGUGUAACUUCUUUAUCAGGUUUUUCUCAACUUUUCUUUUAAAUUUUGCUUUCUUGUGCUGUGUUAUGUUUUAGUUGUGAUGUACUAGGUAUUGCCUACGAGGAUCUUGUUGUCUUUACAUAUGGUAUUUAAAACUUUUUGUGCCAUCAUUCUGAAGUAAAUGAGAUUUAUCUUUCUGAAGUAA